AAUAAACAAAGCCCCAGAUUUGUUGAGUUUUAAGGGUUUUGUGUUAUCAAAACCCAACAAAAACCACAAAAGUGUGCUCAGUACUUAACGCUUCUUAGGAUACCUUCCCCUUCGUCGCCUUCCAAUCCCAUCUUUCUUCACUCUGUUAAGCCCUCUCUUCUCGUUUUCUGCACCCUCUCUUAAUUACGUCCGUUUACUCUGCACCACACCCCACGCACCCCUCUUCUUCUUGUCUUCUUCUCUACCGCCAUUUCCCUCUGCCCCCAAAACCGCCAUUUUUUCUGCCAUUUUUCGCCAUUUCUUCCUCCAUAUCUGAGGGAUAUAGAUUGAUUAGUAGAAACCCUUUACGUAUUUCCUUAGAAAAAUGAUCCCUUUUUACAUCUAGUUUUAAUGUCUUCGAAACCCGAUUCGAUUACCCGUAACCCGCUUCGUACACGCCGCCUUUCUGUUUCUUGUUACCUCCAUCCGGCUGAUCCGGCUACCGGAAUCUGCGCUUCUUGCUUGCGGGAACGCUUACACGGGCUCGACUCUCCGGAGGCAUCUUUUACUUCCACCACCGGCAAUGUAGGCGGGGGAAGUGGAGCUAGGCCGGGUAUUUGUGCUGCUGCCGCCGCGGCCGCCGGGUCGCCGGAGUUGCGCCGGUGUAGGUCUGUUUAUACGGCGAAAUGUGAAGCUUCGGCGAGCUUCCAUGAGCCUCGGCGGAAGUCCUGCGAUGUUGGGUCUCGGAAUGGGAAAAGUUUGGCCCAUCUGUUUGAUGCUGAUGAUAGCAAUGGAUCUGACAAUGGUGUUCGCUCUAAGGUUGAAUCAAAGAACAUUCUCAAGAGCCCUGCGUUUGAGCUUAGAGCGGCCAGCAAAGUCGACAAUGGAGGAGGAGAAAUUAGGGAUUUCGAUGACGAUGAAGACCUCGAAGAUUGUAAUGUUGAAGAAGGAGAUUUCAAGACAAUGAAAGAAUACAUAGAUCUAGAGCUGCAGAGCAAGGGACAGAAGACGAAGCUCGGUGGGAACUUGUGGGAGGCAGCUUCAGUAUUUAGCAAGAAAUUGCAGAAAUGGAGGCACAAAGAUAAGAAAAAGCUCCGCAAUGAGGAAGGCACAGAUGAUGUUAACGGUGAAAUUAAGGGUAGAGAGGAGAAGAAAUUUGGGGAAACUCAGUCUGAGGCUGCGGACUUUGUCAAGGGCAGGAGAUCUUGCGACAUAGAUCCUAGGUUUUCUAUGGAUGCGGGAAGGAUUUCAUUUGAUGAGCCAAGAGCUUCUUGGGAUGGGUAUCUGAUCGCCAGGACCAUUCCUAGGCUAGCGCCCAUGCUGUCUGUUGUGGAAAAUGCUAUUCUUAAUAGUGGAAGCGGGUUCGAUAAGCAUAGAAUCUCUGUUGAUGGGGGCCAAAUGCAUUCGAUAAUGGAAGAUUUGAGUAGCUCAGGUUCAGGAGGAUCAGCUCAGUCUCAGUCCAAUUCUGAUUCUUCGUCAUCUCAGAGGCGAAGUAGUUUUGAUAGGUCCAGCUCCGUGAGGAGCUUUGGAAAGAAAUUUGUGGGAUUGGAAGGGGAUGAAAUGAAAUAUGGGCUGAAUGCAAGUUCUUCGCCUAAGAAGCUGGUUAUUACUGAGAGAGAAUUGAAGGACUGGCAUUUGAGAUCUAUGAAAGAUGAUCAUCAUCAAAAGCAGAUUAAAUCUCCUUUUGUCAAGAAUGCUGCAGAAGGUGAUCAUGGUGGCCAUCAGGGAUCUAAGAAACAAGUUAAGUGGCGAAAGAUGUGGAGUGUUUUUGGUUUCAAGCAAAAAUCUGUUGAUAAUAAGUCUGUGGCUGAUUCACUGGAAUUUUCUCCUGCUCCAGCUUGUGAGAAGAAACAAGAAAAGGGUGUUGGAGAGACUAUAGAUGGCCAUGGUUGGAAGCUUAUGAGGAGCAGCAGUGUUGUUGGUGCCAGGCGUUCCGUAGAAGUGAUUAGGUCAAGCACUAAUCUGUUGAGUACUCCUGAUAAAUCUGAGUGUGUUAACAAGAGCAGGGAAGACUUUGUACUGGGAAGAAAGCAGAUACAGAACAGCUUUGUUGGUCCGAGGCGAUCGGUUGAAGUGAUCAGGACAAGUUCUGGUUUGAUGAACACUGCUGAUAAAUCUGGAUGUGUUAACAAGAAGAGCAAGGAAGACUUUGUAUUGGGAAGAAAGCAGAUUCAGAGCAGCAUUGUUGGUCCAAGGCGAUCGGUUGAAGGGAUCAGGUCAAGUACUGGUUUGAUGAGUAGCGCAGAGAAAUCGGAGUGUAUCAACAAAAGGAGCAAGGAAGACUUUGUACUGGAAAUAAAUCAGAGUUCUAAGCAUGCUUCAAGCAACUUAGAAGACGAUGUUUUGCCAUUUUAUUUGACGCCAUUGAGGACCUCUAGAAGCCGAAGAUCGGGAAGGAACAAGCUGCAGAAUUCACAUAUCAUCGAUGGCCAUAUUUUGUCUCUGACCUAAACGGAUCAAGGUGUCUCAAUGUGCUUUUGAUUGUCUAUGAACUUGUGUAGGAAAUGAUAGUUUUCUUCUCUUUUGUAUGACCAGCUCUGUGUAACUGUUGAACGUCUUUAUAUGCACAAUUUCAAUUACAUAAUAAUACAAGCUUCUAACCUUUUGCUUUCUUGAUUUUCCC